UCGGCGGGGGCUGGCGGCGCGUGCGCAACACACAGCCACAGUCCGCGGCCGGCAGUGAAAGGUGCCAUGUCGCGAUCCACCAGUACCAACCACGCGCGGAGCACUAUGGCCGGCUUACCUGUCAUACUCUUCGUCUUCUGUGCCAUUUCUACUCAGGUGAACAGCCAGGCGCAAAAAGAUAAAGAUGGCGUCGAGUUCGUCUGUCCCGAAGGAACCACUGGUAACGGGAACUUCGCCGACCCCGCCACCUGCCGACGGUUCUACCAGUGCGUGGACGGCUACCCGUACAUGAACCGGUGUCCUUCGGGCCUGUACUUCGAUGACAUCAGCAAGUUCUGCACAUUCAAGGCGGAGGCCCGAUGCGGUCCCAUCGCCACCACCCCAGCGCCAAUCACGGAGACCCCCGUGGACCUGGCCAAGCGGUGCGAGCCGGCGGAGUGCCAGCUGCCCUACUGCUUCUGCUCCAAGGACGGCACCAUCAUACCUGGCGGGCUGGACCCUGAGGAUACGCCGCAAAUGAUCCUGCUCACAUUCGACGGAGCUGUUAAUUUGAACAACUUCGAGUUGUACAAGAAAGUUUUCAACGGCAAGAUAAAGAACCCCAACGGAUGUCCCAUCCGAGGGACUUUCUUCCUCUCCCAUGAAUACAGUAACUACGCUAUGGUACAAGCUUUGGCGCACGAUGGUCAUGAGAUUGCCACAGGAACGAUCUCCAUGCAGCAAGGCCUGCAAGACAAGGGCUACGAGGAGUGGGCGGGCGAGAUGAUCGGAAUGCGUGAGGUCCUCCGGCGGUUCGCUAACGUGUCGAGAGCGGAGGUGGUCGGCGCGCGCGCCCCGUUCCUCAAGCCGGGGAGAAACACGCAGUUCAAGGUGCUAGAAGACUACGGCUACAUCUACGACAGUUCAGUCGGCGUCCCGCCGCUGCCGAUCCCGGUGUGGCCGUACACGCUCGACUACAAGAUCCCGCACGAGUGCAAGGUCGACACUUGCCCCACCAAGACUUUCCCGGGUCUCUGGGAGGUGCCAUUCAACGCUCACUUCAUCGAGUCAUAUGAGGGUGGCCACUGCCCCUACCUGGACCAGUGCGUGCUGCACCAUCACGACUCUGACGACGUGCUAGAAUGGCUGCAAGAAGACUUCAACCGUUACUACGAACAGAACCGCGCUCCCUACAUGAUGCCGUUCCACACCAACUGGUUCCAGAUCAAGCCGCUCGAGCAGGGCCUGCACAAGUUCCUCAACUGGGCCGCUAGCCAGCCCGACGUAUGGUUCGUGACGAUCACACAAGCGCUCACCUGGAUGACGGACCCCCGGCCCGCCAAGAACCUGGUGACCUUCGAGCCGUGGAAGUGCGACGUCAAGGCCUUCCCCGCCGCACCCUGUAAUCUGCCCAACAAGUGUGCCCUGUCCUUUAAGAACCCGACAGCUAAUUUUACUGACACGCGGUAUAUGGAGACGUGUAGCGAGUGCCCUAACCAAUAUCCGUGGCUCGGCGACUCUGGCGGCUCGGGCAUUCCCGGGAAGGACAACUACAUACCUGACAAUCUCAGGAAAUAGAACAAAUUAAAUGCUCCCACAGUAUCUACUCGCUGCAACUCCACUAUUUAAUUAUUUUUUUCCAACUAGCAACCCUGCGAAAUGCCUGCAUACUGGCUGGCUAGCAUUUUGUCCGUCGAUGGCUGAAAAAGAAACUUGACUUUCGAAUUUUAAACAUUGGAAUUCUAUCUGUAACGGUUUUACUGUCGUAUUGUUUAUUCGAAGUAUUUUUACUGUUGGGUUGUACGAGGGUUGUAAUUAAAUUAAUAAAAUGUACUUAAACGGAAUUAAAUGUAAUACUCAUUUGAUUUAAGUGGACUGCGGCUAUUGUACAUAGCAUUGUCUAGUCGUCAAUCGUAAGAUGAUUAAGAUAAUGUUUAGUUUUAAGUCUUUGUUAAUACAGACACUGUAAAAUAAGUCACAAACUAUUAUGUAUACGUAAGAAAUUCCCAAUUUACAUGCAAAUAUUUCCCAGAAAUCAUUUUUGCUACAGAUACAGUAAAUAAAUAACUUGUUUCACACUUA